AUGUAUGCAUUACUUCGCGGGUAUAGACAAGCGAAAGGAAUUAAAGUAGUGGCGAAACUUUGUUCACUGGCAGUCCCAUCGGAUCAAGAGAAAAAAACCAGAAAGGAACAGGGUACAAGCUUGAACGACACAAACCUAACCACGGAAAUUGAAAGUGGAACACCAAGGCUGAGGUAAAGUAGUUUGCUUAUUUUCACGCCAUACUGAAUUUUGUACCUGAGUAAAAUACUUUCCUUGCCUUAAAAUUUUAAGCUGACUGACUUAAACUUAGGGCGAUAAGUAACCAGUCAGUAUCGUAUAAUGACUCGGCGUAACACUCGAAGUGUUCGGUAAUCGAACUUUAUCGAACUUAAUCGAACGAUUGGGAUUGAAUUGAAGUGCAUCAGUGCCAGGGCUGUUAAGAGGUUUGGUCUUCCAUAUGUGGGAGAAGUGCCCAAAAUGUUGUAGAACUUUAUAGAGAGGCAUUAGUACUAUGUGGUAUUAUAUGGAUGCAACUUGAAGACAUAUUAAGGAAUUAUUUCACUGUGUUCUUAUGUUAUAUUGACUUAAGUUUAUUGUUACAAGUUUCUAUGAUUUGGUGUGUCCUUUGAAGAAGCAUUGUUGAGAAUCUGGUCAUAAAAUAAGACUUAAACACAUCACUUUGGGUAUAUUUUCUUAAUACACUAUAAACAAGGCUGCAGAAUGGCAAAAUUUUGUAGAAAAAUAAUUUACACUUUUUAAUCAAGCUAAAAGAUUGUGUUUUUUUUUAUCUGAGAUGUACAGUCCAGUUUUUCUUCACGUUGAAGCUACUGCUGUUGUGAUGCUUAGUAAUCCAAAAUGUGUCCCACAGACAAGUCAUGUCCAGUGUUUUCACUAAGGUCCAGGAGCUGGUAGCCCAUGUGCCCGGAGGGAGGGGGGAAGGUACUGCUAUAUAUGGGCUAUAUAGGUAUGUGUUGCUGUGAAGGGUAUGGUUUUCAAGCAGUUUACUCUGGGAUAGUGUAUGUAAAUCAGAGAGUUUGGGACUAGAAGAGGGUAUCAUUUUCCAUUUAAACUGAUCAUUUAGCUGAAGAUUUUAGUCUAGACUAAGGAAACCCAGAAUUGCCACUCAAGAAAUAUAUAAAAAAAUCAAAUCAGUUUUGUUUUGGCUGGACUGUGCUAGUGACCUCAGUUGUUUCUGGAAAACAGUACUCUAGGAUAGAGGGGAUCUGGGGAGUUUAGUCUAAAAAUAGGGUAGCAAAACGCACUUGAACUAGCUCUGGUAUAGGCUAAGGGUUCCAGGGUCCCAGUGGCACAUUUCCACCCAAAAAGUCUUUAAGUACCCCCCCCCCACCUACAUGUAGCCCCACCCUCCCCCUCUCUGAUUUUCCUUUGUGUGGGGGAGGGUGCAGUUUGGGGGUAGGGUGGGCUACACAUAGGCUAAGGGGCUGGGGAUUUACCCCAGCUAUAACUAUGAGUGUGACCCCAGCUACUUUCUUAUGAAAAGAAAAGCUCAUUAAAAGCUAAAGAAUAAUGUCUAAUUGUCAGUCUGCCUGCUUUGCAUGGCUGUCCACACUUGGUGCUUGGGAACCAUGGGUACUGGCACAAAAUGGUGUUGUGUUCACACUUUGAGUACCCAAUUUGUGACUGUAUACAUAGGUACUGCAUUUUGCCCUGUCCGAAUCCGAUUUGAAACAGGAGCUUAACAGCGAGAACAAAGCAGUGGACUGCCCACAACUUACAAACGUUGUGUGCACAUGGCAACCUGGUGUCCACUUUUGUGAGACCUUGUGCUCAGGCAACGGCACCAUGCCCAAAUUCUAGUGUGGGUACUUGAAAAAAGGGUGUGUUCACAUUAGUGCCAAGUGAGUACCAUACCCAGGCACCAAGUGUGAACUCUGUUCUAGUGACAACCCUACAUUUCAAAGAUCUACACAGCCUGAAAUAAAUUCCAACUACAGUUGUCCUGGACAUAAUUUGGACGAAAGUAUAGUUUUGCAUACUUUGCUAUUCACAGUAGAAUUUUCAAUGAUAUUCCAUCAAAACACGCACAGUGUAAAACUAAAACACCUGGCCUUGAGGGUUUGGUGAGGUAAGUGGGGGGUCAUGCAUUGGACCCUCUAGUGGGUCCUUGUGAUUAAGAAUUUAGGGUGACCUUUCAACAAGCAUAUUUUUAUUAAGAGUUGUUGUCCGAGUACUGUCAAGGAACACUUGCCACAAUAGGGUAAAGGUUAGAAAUGUUUCAUUCAGGGUGAUGUCAGUUGAGUUGAAAAGGUGAACAUUGUGAUCUAGUUUUUAUCUCACCAGCUGCAAAAUCUGUCAAAUUGUGAUUCAGGUUAAGUUUUAUAAGAGAGCCAUGUAAGCUCAGAUUUGCUGUUGUUAUGUUUUGUUCUGAAAAUAAAAUUAAUUAAGGGGGUUUGAAUCGGAGUAAUGGGUGAUUGAUCAACUGAUUUUCACUUGAAAUAUAUUCGUGAUAUUAACCUUAUUAAAAUGUAACUGAUCAUUCGUAGAUCAGAUAGAUUUGAAAUGUGAGCGACAUUAAAUGACUGGAAACAGCUGUAAAAAUUAUAUGUCAAGGCUUUUAGUGUCACAUAUGGUUGAAAACUUCGAUCUCACGCCGGCUCACGCUUGCGGGCCAAUUUCUCACGCCUGAUUGAAAAAUGUGAGUUGUUGCCGUCUUGCUUGACACAAUUUCCAAAAAUAUGUUAACUCAGACCCAUGUAUGUAAGGAACGAAAACCAUGUGUAAAAUGAAUAAAUGACAAUACCUUCCUCGCGAUCUCUGAUUUUGUGGAUAAGCGUUUUCUCGAUAACUUCACCUUCAGCAGACUUCGGACGUCUUCGGAAGACUUUGGACUUCUUCGGGAAUCUUCGGAAGUGAUCGUGUCGCCUUAAAAAAUCCUAGCACUCCCAGGAUAAAAAUCUCACGCUUAUAUCUCAGAAAAAGUUGGCAGGUACAAUAUAACUAUUGUUUUAUAAAAUUUAAUUUCAGGAAACGUUCAUUAUCAAAAAGUUGGCAGGUAUAAUAUAACUAUUGUUUUAUAAAAAUUAAUUUUAGGAAACGUUCAUUAUUUUAUUAGAGGGAGGAUGGGUGAGAAAAUAGGGGGACUCGAAGGGGGUCCUGAGGUAGAUUAUUUGUUAUUGAGGGGGGACCUUGAAAUUUUAAGGAGGAAAAGUGUAAAAUAAACAGCAACAAGAUAUUUUAGUGUACUAAUAAGAGCUGGGUACCCCACAUUUUAUGGCUAGGAGCCUUUGGGAUCCCUAUGAUUUUUGUUACUACAGCACAGUCUUAUACAGUAUUGUGGUGCAGUCACGGAGUAUAUGAUUUGUAACUACAAUUUCCUUAUUUGAUUCCCCCAGUUAUACACUAGAUUUCUUUAAUGAAGUGUUAACCAAACAUAAACUGAAACAAUUAUUACUGCACUCCAAAAGUAUUAAACUGAAAAACUAUUUAAGUUUUAACUCUAGGUUGUCAAUGCACAGUGGCAGGCUUCUGGAAAAAUGCUUUUCUUUAAAAUAAAAAAUACGGUAAAUCACAUGCAAGCCAUUUGGAGGCCCACAUGAAUGGAGCUUAAGCUGCUUUCUGAAUCAUAAUUUUAGCAACUGACAUAUUGGUACUCCUCCUCAGAGGGACAAUUGCCACUUAAUCAUUUACUCUACCAGGUGAAAAGACACUGUGGGGAAAAUUUCUUUUCUUUAUAAAACAAACAAGAUAUUUAACGUCAUGGCAGUGAUGUGUCCUCAAGCAAGUGACAUUUAGAUCUGAAGUCCAAUAUUAAUAUGCUAUUAAACAGCUACAUCACUGCUCCCCUACAGUAAAACUGUUUAGUGUAAGUGUGUGUAAGUGGGGGGGGGUAUUGAAAUGCUCCCGAAAUAGAAAAAGGGGGACCUGAAAAAUCCAGUUUUGCUAAGGUUGGUUAAUGGGUAAAAAAGGAAGAUUUGUUAAUUUCUCACCCAGCCUCCCCCCAAUCCCUUCCGAUGAAUAAUGAACAGUCCCUUAUACAACAUAAACAUGAGUUUACUGCUAGUAAGGUUUUUUUGCAAUUCAUGCAAUGUGAUCUUACUAAAAUUCAAACAAUAAUAAAUUUGUGCACAUGCAUUGUAAAUUUCCAUGUUGAGGAGAUCCUGGUUGGUUGUUGGUUUAGGAGAGUUGUUCUUCACAAAUUAUUACCGAAAUCCCUGAAUUUACCUGAAGUUGCAAGAAUGAUCUACAUCAAUUUCCUCCUCACAACUAGAUUUUUUCUGGUAACCCCACUGGACUCAAUGGGUUUUCAGUCAACUGCAAUGGACUUCACUGGAUGAUUUUCAUCAUGGUUAAAUUGUUUUUACCUCUGGCUUCAUUUCAUGACCAGACUCCCUCCAAUGAACACUGGAAUCUAGUGAAGGUUAUUGGACAUGAAUAAAAUGUGUGUAUAUACAACUCAGACCAAAAGAGACUUUCCAAAACAUACAUUUCUCUUCCUGCCACCCACAAGAGUUUAGAGGGAAGGGUAAAUUUUGGAUGCAUCCCUAACAUUACCUGAACAAUCCCUUCAAAGAAAACAUUUGUAGAAGAUAAAUUUCAUUGUAAAAUCUUAAGGUGUUGAGUUGGGCAGGUAUAAUACUCAAUGCCCAUAUCAAUAGUUGAAUGAGACUGAAAAGGGGGUAUUGACUUGUACCCACCCUUCUCGCAGCUCCGCCGCCUAAACAAUGCAGCGCUUCCACACUAACCCUGCCAGCUACGCAGGCUAGCCUGUCAUCUUCUAAUAUGAGGGGAAUGUGAGAGAAAUUGGAAAUGUGUUUACUCGAUAUUUAAACUCAGUUUGGUCAAAGGAAAUACUAAUCUUAAUUUAUUCAGAUAAACUUUGUGAAAUUUAUUUACUUAGGUUUUUUAACUAUCUGGAAGAAAGCUUCUUGGUCAUUCUAGAUUCCGUUUCCGGUUUCCGGUUUCCGGAUUCCUGAUUUUACCACGAGAAGUAGGUCGUUCCCAGUACUCCUCGGCUGUUCCCUGGACGAAGCACAAAAUGGCGGCGCCUCUAGCCAAAAGGGUGUGCAGAGGAGAUCUGAAUGAUCUAAGAACAGAAUUGUAUGAAGCUUCUAUAAAUGGAGAUACGGCCUUGAUUAACAAUCUUCUUCAGGAGCUGAGCAGCAGUGAACGAGAUUCCAUAUUAAAACCAGCUGAAGUUAAUUCAAGCGAUGACAUCGCCUUUCACAUGUUUGAAGAGGCUACUGGCUAUGGCAAUUUAAAUGUGAUGAGCUGUUUGGUGGAGAACGGAGCGGAUGUUAACGUUCGUUCGAAGAAUUGCCAGCGCACGCCAUUGAUGAGUGCCAGCGAAUUUGAUGAGCUAGAUGCAGUAAAGUUCCUCGUGGAACACGAGGCGUUACAAAUCGAUAAUUUCGAUACUCGAUAAAAUCGAUUGUAAUCGAUAAUUUUCGAUACUAAUUACUUGAUUAAUAUCGAAAAUCGAUAGAAAUCGAUAGCGGAGGUUUUUGUGAUUAUCGAUUUUGAUCGAUUUUAUCGAUUUCUGUAAUUAUAGUUCGAUUUUAAUCGAUUUCUAUCGAUUUCUAUCAAAAAUAUCGAUUUCGUCAAUGGAACUCAGACAAAGAAGAAGACAGAGCUUAAAAGCAAGGAACAAAAGGCAAAUGGAUAUCGUAAGGCCAAAAAACGGGAAAUAGUACCCGUUCUUGAUAUUUCCUGUCAAGGAAACGACGAUAAAAGACUGAAAGCAGUUAAAAGACCGGUAUAGGCAGUUAAGGACGGACGAGACGUAAAGUUAACCCUAGCCGGUCUUAAACCGCAUGCGGUUUGUCGGUGGCUUCAACGUACUGUACUCUGGAGUUAACACAUACGCUUUCUUUAUCCCACACCUUGAGUCGAUAAUAUAAAAUACCUUUAAUCAGCCUUAAUGUACUGUAAACAAACUACAAAGGUUUUUAAAACUGUAAUAAUAAUGCACUUGUCGCUAGACUCAAAAAUUGAAACAUGCUCAACGAUAACGAGAGAAAAAAAACGCAAAAACGAUGCUCGUUCAGUUUGUAGCAGUACGCCACGUUUACCAGCGUAAACAAUUCCACUGGUGUUCUUACGCCGCUUACACAGUGUGCUGUCGUUUUCGUCCGAGCUACGAGUCUAAAAACUCAGAAAAAUUGCUUCAAAUGCGAAUGAGUUAUCUGGUUAUCACAGAUUAUCGCCAAGACUGGAAGAGGUUUUGACGUUCAGUUUUCGGUAAGAAAGAAAAAAGUUCCUUGAUUCUAAAUUGACUUGAUAUAAUUUUUUUUUCAAUGUCCUCAAUCGACCGGAUAAAUCGAUAAAAUCGAUAAUCUCGGUCUAAGUCUUGUGAUUAUCGAUUUCUAUCGAUUAUUUUAGCUAAUCGAUUAACAAUUAUCGAGUAUUAUCGAGUAAUAUCGAGUAAUCGAUUAGUUUUCGAUGAUCGAUUUCUAUCGAUUUGUAACGCCCUGGGAACACGGUGCGAGAGUUGAUCUUCAAGACAGAAGGGGCGAAACAUGUCUUCACCACGCUGCAUCGCAAGGAAGUGUCGCCUCACAUGAACUGUUGAGAUAUUUGUUGGAUCGUGGAGCUGACAUUAAUGCUUUAACAAAUGACAAAGACACUCCCCUGAUUCUUGCAGCCAAGAACGUGGAAUAUGUGGCAUUUGGAUUUCGAUCCUCGGAGACCCAGGGGCAGUCAGUCGGGCCGGGAGAAAAGGCGCUACAAAAGUUUUCAAGUACAAGCGGAAAAGCCCCUGGGUACCGAGUCUCACCGGACCAUUUCCAAACGGUCAAGCGAAUGCUGGUUCCUGAUUGGGCACAAAAAAUGCUUUGUAUUAUUGUGCCCAAUCGGCAAACAGCAUCUCCUGAGUUCUUUUCGUGAAUUCGUACACGACGGCUAUUAUCUCGCCACAGUUGCCCGGUUCGUUCACCAAGCUUUCCUAACCAGAAACGAAGGAACUACCGAUGCUAUCAGCAGGAGCCAAUUUGCGCUGAGAAAAUUCUGUUUCUGACGGAUCACAAUGUAUCGUAAAUAAUAGGAAGUUUAAGAUGAAGCGGCGACGAGAAAGUAAAAAAAGGAAUAGCUUGACAAGGCAAAACAACAACUUUGCACGUGCAUCACGCUUUUUUGCAUAUACUGUAUUUCUUUGCCGUCACUGUACGACUACCACGUGAAAAUGCCUAAUUUCACGUUUUGUGAAGGACGUAAACAAGCAAUGACAAAAUUUUUUUUCUCUUUAUGAACUUGGAUAUGGUUGAUAGAAAUUCAAUUCCAGAAGAGUUCGCUUGCAUUUGACAAAGUAAGUGAGUUCGGAAUAAUCACGAUAGAGACUGAAAAAAUGUGAGUUCACUCUUCAUGCGACGUUUUCGUGGUUGUCAGCUGUCGCGGCAAAUUAAACUCCCUAAUAUUUACGAAGGCGUGAUCGAUGCAAGCGUGAAUACAGUGGUUGUCUUUACACUAUCCUGUUAAGUAAGACUUAAGAGCUGCUAAGUUUUACAUAACCAAAAGUGCGCGUGUGAAGGCCUAAGCAAAAUCUCAGGUAACUUCACUUUGCAUCUCAUUAAAACCGACUCAGCGAACUUGCGGUUUCCAAGCUUUGAGAAAGGCGAAGCAUGUCAAUCAAUCUUAAUUACGUUGCGUGGGAAAACCUGAAGUAAAAAAGAUAGGUUGUGUGUGAAGCUUUCUUUUACUUGAAGAAUUUUAAAUUUUCUUGUCUUGAAAUAUUUGUUAGCUUAUUUAGCCUCUAGUGUUAAGACUAGCAGUAUUUUGAAAUGUAGCAUUUAUAUCAAACUGAAAGAUUCCUGACUGCGUGCAUUUCUUCGGUGCAUGAGCCAGACAAGCUGUGAUCGAGUCAACAGCCGUCGUGUACAAACUCACGAAAAGAACUCAGGAGAUGCUGUUCGCCGAUUGGGCACAAUAAUACAAAGCAUUUUUUGUGCCCAAUCAGGAACCAGCAUUCGCUUGACCGUUUGGAAAUGGUCCGGUGAGACUUGGUACCCAGGGGCUUUUCCGCUUGUACUUAAAAACUUUUGUAGCGCCUUUUCUCCCGGCCCGACUGACCGCCCCUGGGUCUCCGAGGAUGUUGGAUUUCUUGAACAUGGAGCAAACGUUUUUCUGAAAAACAAUCAUGGUGAAACAGCUCUCCACACUGCCUGUCAAUCCGCAAACGCCUCUUGUUGUCUGUUAAGUUGUUUGAUUGAGAAAGGAGUCAAUAUCAACAGUUGCACAAGCGACAACUGUACACCAUUGAUGUUAGCUAGUAAAACUGGUGAUGCGAAGAAAGUAACAUUCCUCAUUGAACAUGGAGCUAAUGUGCAUGUUGAAGACCAAAAUGGUGAUACAGCUCUGCAUUAUGCCACACGUAGUCGACAUGACUCAUUCGAAGUUGUUGUCGCCUUGAUUGCAGCUGGAGCGUCUCAGAUGUGUAACAAUCAAGGACUAACUCCCCUUCUUGAAGCCAGCAAACGUCGUAAACCAGCAAUAGUGGAAGAAUUAAUCAAGAGUCCUGAUGUAACGAAAGAGCAAAGAAUUGAUUCUCUAGAACUUCUUGGUGCUUCUUUGAUUCUUCAACGCCAUUGUAGUUCUGAAACUACAGAUAAAGCAUUUUCAUACCUUAGGCGUGGCAUGGAAGAAAGGUUUGCUGAUUCUUUGCACCCUUUGUUGAAACAACCAAUGGAACCCAUUGAUGAUUAUCAAAAUAGACAAGAGAGUCAAUCUCUUGAGGAACUUCUAGAGAUAGUUGAAGACAGGAGUGCUCUUAUAGUGGAAAGUCUUAUUAUUAUGGAGAGAGUCCUUGGAAAAGAAAAUGCUAACCUGCCUGAUGCAUUAAGAUCUGCUGCAAAGUACUUUUUUGACAAUAAUAACUCCAUGUGUAUACGCAUGAGUAUUCAUAGAGUGAAAGUAUCCCAGUGGCUCAAUCAAUCAGCUUUUUCAGAGAGAGAUACUCUGUAUUGCUCAUUUAAAAGUCAUGCAGAAUUCUGGGGUGAUGAUAAAAACCAGGCAUUUGUAGUUGAAUUACUUGAGCUAAUCGUCUCUGAGAUUGACAAUGAAUUAUUAAGAGGAACAGCUAAGUCACUACCUAGAACAUUGUGGGGGUGUGAUUUGUUUGACUGUACGUUUCAGGUUAUAUCAUUGCUUUGCAAGAUUGAGGUAGCAAACACAUCAAAAGUUUCAGUGUUGCUUCAAAGACUGUGUGGCUUAAAUCCUAAAGAUGUUUGGGGCAAUACAAUCUUGCAUUACUUCUUAAAAAAGAAGUUUUACACCAAUGAGACAGAUGCAUUUGUAUUAAUAGAUGUUGUAAAGAUUCUUUUGAGUAGCGGAUUCAAUGUUAAUGUCACUAAUAACAGAGGAGAUACUCCACUUCACAUAGUGGCCACUAUGAAACCCAGCAAUGACGUGAUCCCCAUGUUCACUAACCUGUUGGAGAUCUUGUUAGAUGAAGGUGCUCAUCAAGAUUUUGUCAACCAUGAUGGUAAGACAGCCAUGGACUUGGCUGAAACUUAUGAGGCUUACAGUAUCCUUUGGAAGAGAAGAAAACUGGAAUUGAAGUGCAUCAGUGCCAGGGCUGUAAAGAAAUUUGGUCUUCCUUAUGUGGGAGUAGUGCCCAAAAUACUGGAGAACUAUAUAUCUAUGCAUUAGAACUAUGUAGUGAAAUGAAGAUGCAACUCGAAGGCAUAAAAAUUCUUUCAAAUUUCUUAUGUUAAAUAGUGAAGAUACAUUUGAUUUAUUUUGACCUAAAUUUAUGUGAUGAGUUUGAGUUCUGUGAUUUGGUGUGUCCUUUAAAGAGCAACCAUUGUUGUUGAGAAUUUGGCUGUCCACAUGGUUUACACUGCAUUUAGAGACGGAUGUAGUUAUAUAUAAGAAUCAUAUUUAAGGUGAUAUAAUUAAUGACACAUCACUUUGGGUAUGUUAUCAUUAAUACCCUAUUAACAAGGUAGCAGAACGACAAAAUGUAUAGAAGAAUAAAUAAUUACAUUUUUCAUGAAGUUGGAAAUUUGCAUUGUUAUAACUGUGAUGUGCAUGCAGUUCAGUUUUACCAUAGCUCAAAGGCAAUGUUAUUGUUGUUUUAGAUACAAUGUAUCUAGUUAUUAGAGAUGUGCUUGUCCUGCAGGGAAAUCAUUUCCACAGCUUUCACUAAAGGCCUUAUGGCCAGGGAUUUCUCCAUGAACGUGACCCUCUGCUAGUUUCAUGAAAAUAUACAUUAGCCAAAAAACUGUUAAAUUGCCUGCCUUUUCAUUGCAUAAACCCAGGAACUGGACAUCUUAGGUGACUACCCUGCAUAUGUGCAUAUAAAAGAUUUUAAACAGCCUCAAGUUCAUUUAGUAGUCUUAGACAAUUGGAAAUACAGUUUGGCUUACCCUGCUAUUCACAGUCGAAUUGUGAGUGAUUUUCCUUGGAAACAGGGUAAAACUAGAUGGUAUUUCCUUAAACACUAGCUUCAAGGGUUUGGUUAGGUAAUUAAGUUAGGGUCAUCCACUGGACUCUUGUGAUCACAAAUUUAUGGGUGACCUUUGGGCUAGUGUGUUCUUGUUACGAGUUGUUGUUCAAGUGUCAAGGUACACAUGCCUUGAUAAAGUUAAGGUUUGAAGUGUUUCAUUCAAGAUGAUAUCAGUUAUCAGUUUGUUGAAUAGCUGAACAUUGACAUCAAAUUUUUUGGUCGGCUGCAGAAUCUGUUAGUAUUCUGAUUAGUUUAAGUUCUAUAAUACAGCCAUCCAUGUAACCUCACAUUUCCUAUUGUUGCAUUUUGCUCUUGAAAUAAAAUAAAUAAAAGGGUUUGAAUCAGAGUGCUAGUGUGAUUGACCAACUAAAUCUCACUUUGAAAAUGUUUGUACAAAACCUUACAGUACGACAACAUGCAUACAUUGUACAUCAGAUAGAUUUUAAAUGUGAGCAACAUUUAACAUCUGGAGGCAACUGUAAUGCACUUGACUGUUCUUUUAUUUUGUAUUUAUACAACACAAACAUGCAUCAAAUAGAAUUUAUAUGCUAGUGAGUUUUUGCAAUUCAUGCAGUGUGUUCCUUAGAGUAAAACUCGAACAACUAAGUGACUUCUGAUAAACUACUAGAUUUUCCUUCCGUUAGUCCUGUAUAAGCUUAUGAAUCCAAGGGAGAAUUGCACAUUAUAUCAUUGCCUGAUUCUCAGACGUCCGACUUUGUUUGCGGUCCCUUCAGGAGAGGGAGAGAAGGAAGUGAAGGGACUGCCAAUGACCUUAGAUGUCUGAGAAUCAGGCUAAUUACAUCAGGAAUCACUAGGGCUAUAUGCCAAGCACCCCUUAAUUUUUAAAAAAAAUUGAAGUUCAAGCUGUCAAGGGUUUUUCACAGCAUCCAGUGUUUCGUUUUUGUGUCCAAACAUUGAAAACCUGGCAAAAAGCCUUUAACAAUGGCUGUCACACCUCAUUACUAUAUAGUUCUCUAGCCAUGUCAUGGAUAAGUCAAUCUGGACAAACUGAAUUAGAAACUCUAAUUUGAUCCUUUUGGUGGCAAAAUUGUAAUUCCUGUCGUUUAACUUGUUGCAGUAUUAUGUAGAGUGGUUUUCCUUUUACCUUGAAAUGAUGCAAAUUAUACAUCAAGUACAAAACUUAAGUUAUUUUCUAGGGACUACAUGUUUUGACAACAAGCUCCUUCAAUACUGUUUCCCCCCCCCCCAAAAAAAACCUUGGGCUUGACUUGGUUAAAAGAACAUGCAGCCACACAUGUAGAUCCAAAAACCCCAGGGGGGGGGGAGGGUACUCCAGAUCUCAAGUGACAGAGAUAUUGAGGAUUUUUUGGGUUUGAAAUUUUCGUUUCUGUAAUUUUUUUUGGUAGGAAAAUUUGGCGAGUAUUUUUGGAAAUUUGAAGGCUCGGAAAUUUGGCGUGGGAUUUUUUGAGGGUUACCGUAUUUAUUCGAAUAAGCGCCCAACCUCGAAUUAGCGCCCACCUCGAAUAAGCGCCCAUCCCGAAGGCAGAAAAAUUGAAUAAGCGCCCAACCUCGAAUUAGCGCCCACCCCACCCCGCCUCCCACCCCCUCAAACUCAAACUCAAAUAAGCGCCCACCCCCACCCCACUCCCUUUCUGGUCCCUCCCACCCAAAAAAACAUUAAAUAAGUACUUGCCCGAAGGCGGAGUUUUCUUCAGAGUAUUUUACAGAAACCUUGCUAUGUUACAUCUUCGAGAUUUAUUAUUACCAUUUAUUGUAUUGUUGCAAAAUAAACAUAGUGCACUUGCUGAAAAUGGUAGGCUCCUGUGAAAAUUUAAUAAGCGCCCAGCCUCGAAUAAGCGCCCACCUCGAAUAAGCGCCCACUCUCAAGGUCCAAAAAUUUAAUAAGCGCCCGGGGCAGUUAAUCGAAUAAAUACGGUAACUUCUAAUCCAGAGUUUUAUUUUGGGUUUUGUUGGAAGCCCUGGGGAUGUUUUGAGAUUUAAUUUUUUUGCCCAUUUGAUCAUACUUGUCACUAGAAAUCCAGAGUACCCCCUUGGGCCCAAAACUUACUGUUCUGGCCCUGGUUGUUCAAACGUUGGAUAGCGCUAUCCACCGAAUAAAUCACUACCCAGUGGAUAAGUAUUAGGGGGUGUUUACAUGAGGAACCCCGCACCGGCACGAGUUUCAUACCGGGAUGACUUUUUUAUUUCUUAUCAUGUUUACAUUAUGACUGGGUCAUUUCAUAUCCUGUUAUUUGAAAGUACACUUCAUGCUGAUAAAAUACACGUAAGAUUCAAAAUCGCAAACAUUACGAAUGCCCUUCCGUUCCAGCCUACCGGCAGACCGAUUUCACACUGAAACGAGUGGUUGUUUCGUGUUUACAUGAUACCGUUGUGAGAUUUCGGAGUGAAAUUCUUGCCCCGGUACAACACCCACGGUGAACUCACCCCGGGGUGACUCGCUCUGGCACGACAUUUUGUGGUGGUAUCACAUAAACAAAUGUAGAGCCAUGAGAGGGAACCGUAGUAAACUCACUCCGGCACGAAAGUCGCCCUGGUGUCAUGUAAACACUCCCUUAGGGAAACCGAUUAAGCUAUCCACUGGAUAGUGAUUUAUCCGGUGGAUAGCGCUAUCCAAUGUUCGAACAACUGAAGCCUGAUUCUUAUACACAGAAUGGCAGCAUCACUGAACAACAAGAAACAUCGUGAAAGACAUAAUCGUAUCAUCCUGGAGGGAUGGCGUCUUAUCACUGAAGCUUUAAUGGCAAAAGCUAAGCCAGUAGCAAUAUUUUACAGCGAUUCAAGACUUUUGGAUCAAAUAACAGGGUUCAAAUUACCAAAGAACUGUCUUGCUCAAGUUAGCAAAAGUGCAAUGGAAGAGAUUUCAAAUACAGUCACACCACCUGGUAUAGUUGGAAUGUUUAAGCGUCCAAGACAAGGAGAAGGGGGAACAAUGCAGGAGAAUAGUCAAACAUAUCCAAUCCCUCUGACAGUGUUGUGUGAUGGCCUGAGAGACCCAACAAAUGUAGGUAUGUUCUUACUAGCUAUUUUUAAAAGCAAUAGGACCACUAGAAAAUUGAUCAAAGAUAAAUUUUUCAUUUAAUGGGUGGGUGUGCACUUUAUAUAUACCGGUAAUAUAUAUUUAUAUUACAGAGAGAUUUUUCUUACUACACUUAACAGUCAACUCCCUUAAAAAUGGACACCUUUGCACGGACUAGCACUAUGUGUCCAUCUUAGAGAGAUGUUCGUCAUACUAAGUAGGAUACAGAAAGGCAGGUACCAACCCUAGGUGCCCAUUUUAGUGAGGUGUAAUAAUGCCAUCCACUGGAUAAAUCACUAUCCACUGGCUAAUGCUUUUUGGUUUCCUUAACCCCUAUCCACUUGAUAGUGAUUUAUCAGGUGGAUAGCACUGCCCAACUUUUGAACAACUGGGACCUGGUCGCUUAAAGAGCUGCAUUCACACCAUUAUGGAUUCCAAGGUGUUCACUUAGGAGAGCUUUGACUACUGCAUAUAAAUGUCAAUCAUUUUGGCCUUUUGUUUGAUAGGUACUUUAGUGCGUACAUGUGCCGCAGCAGGAUGUGAGUCAUUCAUAACCUCCAAUGGCUGUGCGGAUGUCUGGGAUCCAAAGGUCCUGCGAUGUGCUGCUGGUGGACAUUUUCACAUUCCAAUUUACUAUAAUCUGGACUGGGAAGGGAUUCAGAAGCUUGUGGAUAAAAAGAGGAUUUUUCUGGCAGAUAGCAAUAUUCAUGGUGGUACGUAUAAAAUUGAUGCUGUGUAGUUCCAUGUCAUUACUUUCAAAGGCAACCAAAGGAAAAUAGGGCACCAGUUUGAGCAUGUAUGCUGUGCAUAUUGACAGCAGCAUGGGGGAUUUGUAAUUCACAUUCUUUUUUAUCUAUUUUAUUGAAGUUACUUACAAAAAUUUCCAUUUACUUUUCGUCACCAGAUGGGUUGAACAUGCCAUUUUCUGACUACUAUCAAGUGGACUGGACUCAGGGCCCCAGUGUUCUUGUCAUUGGAGCGGAGACCACAGGUCUUGGAAAGACUGUAAAGAAAUUAGCUCAUGAAAACAAAGGACACAUUGUUCAUGUGCCGAUGGUGAGCAAACUGGACAGUUUAAGUGCAGCAAUGGCUGGUACUGUAAUCAUAUAUGAGGCAUACAGACAAGUGAUUACUGCUACGCCGGCAAAAAGAUAG